AUGGAUAGCGGCUAUGGCCUCCUCAAAUUCCUGUUUCCUCAGAUCCCAUCCCUGGCAAACACAGCAGUAUGGCAUACUCUCGGACGAACACCAACAUCAUCGAAAUGGGAUCUCAAGACGGAGCUCACGGUGCAGGUUCUGCGCGAGAUGAUGGGCGGCCCCAACAAGAAGCCCACGCCCAUUGGGAAAGUGCAAGCUACGACUUUGAAGGACCCAGGAGUUCAAGGGAAAACAUGGGUGGCUAAAGCUACUAUCCCAGCACCAGCAUGCGAAGACGAAGGUUUGAGAGAGGCAGUAUUCAAGGCCAUUGACGACAUGAAGCUACCCGAUGCGCCAGCGCCAAACUACACGAAGCCUGACCUAGAGGAGAUAGAAGUCGAGUGGACUGGCUUCCGACCUGACGCCGCGAAGACCGACAAGCUGCCUGACAUUUCGGAAGCCGAGAAGUACAAGCGACUCAUGGCGGAGCCCACAAGAACGAGCGAAACGACGAUUCUAUAUUUCCAUGGUGGUGCUUACUACCUCUGCGCACCCGCCACUCAUCGCGCACUCUGUAGCCGACUGGCAAAGGAGUCCAAUGGCCGAGUCUGCAACGUAAAAUACCGACUAGCUCCGCAGACAGCAUUUCCAGGCCAACUCUUAGACGCAUUAAUGGUCUACCUUAGCCUUCUCUAUCCACCCCCGGACUCACUGCACGAACCUGUCCCAGCCAAAAACAUCGUCCUCGGUGGCGACAGCGCAGGCGGCAACCUAACCUUCGCCCUUCUCCAACUCCUCCUUCAACUCCACCGCGCCUCUCCCAACAAACCACCCACAGUCCUGUUCCACGGCCGUAACAUCGAGCUACCCUUACCGGCCGGCGUCUCCGCCAACUCCGGCUGGUUCGACAUCACCCGCUCCAUGCCCUCCAUAACCAACAACGCCCAAUACGAUUACCUGCCCGGCGCAUCUCACGACGACACUAUAGAUGGCCGCUUCCCAUCCGACGAUGCAUGGCCCUCCAACCCUCCUCGCGGCGACAUCUUCUGCGACCUCAGCCUGCUGGAUCACCCGCUCACUUCUGUUCUCGGUGCUGAAAGCUGGGCCGGAGCCCCGCCACUUUGGAUGAGUACAGGGCAGGAAAUGCUGUCCGACGAAGACUUAGUCGUUGCUUCUCGCGCCGCGCAGGACGGCGUGAAAGUGCAGUUGCAGGUAUACGAGGCGAUGCCACACUGUUUCGCACAGUUGCUACCCGGGCUCGAGAGCGCGGAUAGGUGUUUGAAGAGUUGGGGUGAGUGGUGUAGGAGAUGUGUUGAGGAGCCAGAGAGUUUGAAGACGGAAGGGAAGUGGACGGCAGCCAAGACGUUGGAGGAGAAGAGUGUGGAGGUGGAAGGCGCGACGCAGAUUACAGUUACGGAGGCCAAGGGGUUGAUGGGGAAGGUGAGGGAGAGGAGGAUCGAGGCGUAUGAACGGGGCGACAAGAGGACACCCAAAUCCGCGCUCUGA